AUGGCAACAACCUCAUGUCUCUACAUGCAGCAGCGCUACACAGUUGAAGCAGAACAUCCUAUCAGUCUUCUCGGCGACGCUGACGGCCUCGAAAUCCUCGGCGCCGACCUUCAGCAGACCCAGGAGAUCGGUAGUGUCACUGCGCAUUCACCCAGGCAGGCUCUUAAUCCGCGCAUUCAAUUUUUACGUCUGUCCGCCAUUGUGAGAGGAAGACAAGGAAUUCAGGGAGCGACACCGCCAUAUCAGCCAGUGCCACCAUCCUUGUAUCGCUUUCUUGGUGGUGAUCAGGAGGUUGAUGAGACCCUGGAGAAACGCGAGCCAUCGCCUUUGCGCAAUCUUCUUUAUUCCAACUGGCCACAACACCUAGGGCAUGAGUCAUCCCAUCAAAACAAUAUCAUCACCCAGCACCCCAAUUUCUUUAAACUCGACUCAACCUUUUCUCAAAGGCCCAAAAGAAUGCCUCAAACGGGUUUUCAGGCGCUGAUCCUAUGUGGUCCCGGCAUUGGCCUUAGCACUUUCACAAGUGUGCCGGCUGAAUUUCCCAAGGCUUUGGUCGAAAUCGCCAACCGGCCUAUGGUCUGGUACGUCUUAGAUUGGUGUUAUCGCAUGGGUGUGACCGACAUCACUCUCAUCACACCGCCGACCUCAAAGGGACCAAUCGCAGCUGCUCUGGCACAGAAUCCAUACCUGACUUCUCUGCCAUCACCUUCACCUGAUUUACUUGCACCACCAGACCUCGAGUUCACCACACCGACAGCAGAAUUGCUCAGACUACCAGAGGUUCAGGCUGUAAUACAAUCCGACUUCUUAUUGCUCCCCUGCGACCUGAUCUGCAGUAUCAGCGGAGAUGUCUUUCUGGAAACCUACCUGACAAGGCUAGGCGGCCCUGGCGGCAUUGGUAGCACGGGUGGUUCUGGCCUUGAUACAUCACGGAAAGAACUACUGGCCCUGGGAGGCGAAAGUCGUGGCCGGCGUGGUGGCCUUUCUAUCUGGUACAACACUGUUGAUCGAGAGGAAAGUGUCAAGGGAGAGGAGUGUGAUUUUAUGUGCACCAUAAAACUUGACGCCGAGCAUGAUAUUCCAUUGUCGAAGUCAUCCGCAGUGCAGCAAAAGCUGGGAAUUCUCCGGAAACUCGUUUGGGCCAUGCCCAUGUCUGAACUCUGGGAUCAAACUGAGCAAGACAAAUCCUGGAAGAUCAGACACUCACUACUCAGAAAACAUGGCGCCAUCAAGUGCAUGACAAAGUAUCGCGAUUCUCACAUCUAUGUCUUCCCAUACUGGGUGAAGGACUUUGCGAAAUUGAACGAAGAUUUUGAAUCUGUCAGUGAAGACUUGGUUGGGACCUGGGCGAAAGCUGAGUGGCGCAAGCCGAGCUAUCGAGCUCAGCACGGUGCCAGAAAGAUCUUCAGUCAAUCUGAAGCAGGCCGAGAAGAUAUUCCCACGCACGAACGACCAAUCGAAGAGGAGAUUGACCUACUGUCGUUGAGUAGCACACAGAUCAGUAUUCCGCAACCAACGCAAGCCGUUGCUCAACACCGCACUGCUCGCCUCGCCUCGAGGGUACAAGCAGAUCCUGAAGACAGUAUUUUAUCCCCCGACAAUCAAUCCGACACAGCGGGAGAAGAUGGACCUGUGCCUACAAUCCCACCGAUCCUCUCCUACAUUCUCCCCUCAGCCUCAGACGCACCACUGGUCCGACGCGUGGACAAUACCCCGCUAGUCCUGUCCGUCUCUCUAUCUCUCGCAAAGCUACCCUCUAUGGAAGAAUCCCUCGCCUCCAAACAACCAGCCUCACCUUUCGCCCAUCAAGCCAAAAUCCAUCCCACAACAGUCGUCGCGCCUCGCGUGACAGUCUCCCGCUUCGAUACACUCAUCGACAGCAACAGCACAAUAGCUACGCAAUGUGUGAUCAAGUCAAGCGUUAUUGGCGCCUCAGUUGCGAUCGGCACUGGGUCACGGAUCACAGGGUGUGUCAUCAUGGACGGUGUCACGAUUGGCGAAAAGUGUGUCUUGACAAACACGGUGGUGGGCAAGAAGGCAAAAAUCGGAAACAAGUCUACGCUACAGAACUGUGAAGUGCAGGAUGGCAAUAUGGUGGCUGAUGGGACUGAAGGGAAGGGGGAGAAAUAUCUCAUCGGCGGUCUGGAGGACGAAGUGGACGGUCAAGAUGAAAUGGGCUUUGACGAUGAUGCACGAGGUAGUGAUGACGAUGGUGGUGACGGGCUGAGUGGUAGUGACUGA